AUGGCUAGCCCGUGGAUUGUCACCAUUCUCUGUGGUUUUCUGGGAUCCACGUUGGUUCAAGCAGACCUCAGUCCCCCUGCAGUGUUCAACCUCGGCCCAGAAAUCAUCAAAGAACAGCUGACCCAACAACUGAAGGAACACGAUGCCACCACCACCCUCCAGAAGCUGCCUCUGCUCAGUGCCAUGCAGGGUAACUCAGCUAGGGGCAUCCCCGUGUUUGACAAUCUGGUGAGAUCUGUCCUGAAAUACAUCAUCUGGAUGAAGGUCACCUCUGCUAACAUCCUCCAACUGGUUGUGGAACCCUCAACCUAUAAACAGGAACUGGUAGUCAGGAUCCCCCUGGACAUGGAGGCUGGAUUCAACACGCCGCUGGUCAAGACCAUGGUGAAGUUCCACAUGAACACCGAGGUCCAAGCUCUUGUCCGGGUGGAGAAAAGUGAGAGUGGCCACGCCCACCUGAACCUCAGCUACUGCUCCAGCAGUGGUAACACCCUGCGUCUCACCCUGCUGCACAAGCUCUCCUUCAUGAUCAACUCUGUGGCAAAGAAUGUCAUGAAUCUCCUGGUGCCAGCCCUGCCCCAAAUGGUGAAAACUCAUCUGUGCCCUGUGAUCCAGCAAGCCUUUGAUGACAUGUAUGCUGACUUCCUGAGGCUGACAACAGAGCCCAUUGCCCUCAGCCCUGGAGCCCUGGAGUUCAGCUUUCUGUUUCCUGCCAUCCAAGACAGUAAUAUCCUGCUCCACCUGAGGGCCAGGUUGCUGGACUCACAGGCGAGGGUGACCAAGUGGUUCAACAGCUCUAUGACUCCCCUGACAGAGUUCACCCCAGAUGGGGCCCCUUUUAGCCUGAUCUGGAGGCAGGACCUGGUGAAUGCUGUUGUGUCUGCCCUGAUCCCUGCAGAGGAACUCCUGGUCCUGCUGGACUUUGUGCUUCCUGAAGUGGCACGUGAGCUACAGGCAAGCAUCCAGGAGAUCAACAAAGAGGCAGCAAAUAAGCUGGGACCCACUCAGAUCGUGAAGAUUGCCCCUUACAGCAGCCCUCAGAUCCUGCUGAGCCAAGACAGUGCCAGGGCAGCCCAAAGGGUCAUGUUGGAAGUGUUCGCCACCAAUCAAGAUGUCAAGCCCUUCUUCUCCCUCGGCAUCGAGGCCAAUUCUCAAGCUCUGUUUUUCACCGAAGGUGACCGACUUAUGUUCAACUUUAAUAACAUCAGUAUUGAUCGAAUCCAGCUGAUGAUCUCAGAUAUUGGCCUCUUCAAUGCUGAAACCCUGAAGGGCAUCAUGACCAAGAUCCUUGCCUCAGCACUGCUUCCCUAUGAGAAUGGCAAACUGAGAACUGGAAUUCCAUUGUCAAUAGCAAAGGCCUUGGGAUAUGAGGAUUCUAUGUGGUCUGUGAUGGAGGGUGCCCUCAAGCUCAGCCCAGCUUCUUCCUAGAACCCUGGUUCUCCUUGCUCCUGGUGAAGCCAUGGACUGGACGGCAGCUGGUCAGCACGGGCCAGGUUCCAGCUGGGAAUGUGGGAGCAAGCU